AUGUCGACACCACAAUGCUUUCCAUACGACCCAGAUAUUGUCACGCCCUUCGGCUACCGACCGUCUAUCGUGGCGGGCGUCAUUUUCAUGGUCCUGUUUGCAGGCCUCUUUGCCGUCCAUGUCUGGCAAGCAUUCAAGUAUAAGAACCUCUGGCUAGGUCUUGCCUUCUCGCUUGGGGCUUUCGGAGAGUUCACGGGGUGGCUCGCCCGCACAGUAGCUUGGCGCUGUCCAUACUCUGUGCGACUGUUGGAGAUGCAGCUUGCUGCUCUGAUAAUGGCCCCCGCCUUCACGACAGCCGGUAUCUAUGGUGUUCUCGGUCUAUUGAUAUCCAUAGUUGGCCAAGAUAAAUCCCCUCUCACGCCCAGACAAUACCUGAUUAUUUUCAUGACGGUCGAUUUUUGGAGUCUUCUUCUUCAGGCUGUCGGUGGUGGUGUUGCUGGUGCUGCCUUCAGCGCACAUACCUCUUACUGGCCCGGUACAUAUACGAUGGUAGCAGGAAUAAUCUGGCAACUUGUCUCAACCUGCGUUUUUACUACAUUACUCGAGUACGUGAUCUAUCGUGCAGUAUACCAGAUCAUGCAAAAUCCAGCCCUGCGCAAAAUCACUUCUUCCCUAAUGAUUGCAUGCACGUGCAUGGUGGCGCGGGGAAUCUACCGCAGCAUGGAGCUGAUGAACGGGUGGGAAGGCUAUCUCUUUACGCACGAGAUUUACGCAAUAAUUCUGGAUGCCCUGGUCAUGUUUAUCGCUAGCUUGGCGUUGGCAGUCUGGAAUCCUGCUGUGUUGCUCAAGGAGGCUAGGAGGCAUCGCAGCACAGAACUUGUGCAGCUUCGUGGGGGCGAAAGCCAAGAUGCAAAGAAAGGGCAUCAUCAGUAUCAGCCAGUGCAUGAAGACCCUAAUUCUGGGUUAAUGGGGUAG